AGAAACCGUGUCGAUGCCGAAUUUCAGAAUGAAAUUGAUAGCUACGAGACUUGAAUGCGACGUGCAAUGACAGAAUGUGGUCGGUGAUUCGUCUCAUGUAUGGGACACUACAAAAUGUCCGAAACCUUACGCACAAGCAGACGUAGAUCGGAUGGCAAUAGGAAGAUAUCCCAUGGAUCCAUGGUAUUUGAGGGCAACCGUCUUCGGUCCGCUCCAAGGAGGGUCUGCAAAUUCGUAUGGGGCAGAUCGUCGGUCGGUUGAAAUGGCUCGAAUGAACUCAAAUGGCCUGGCCAUCGCCCGGACGAACUCAAGCAGCAAUUGAAUCGACCUGGCAUUGCACACUUGAUCGAAUUCGGACAUAUUUCGGGGUGAAUAUACCAUCCGGAGAGAAAAUUGUAUGAUGCGACUCGAAUUUGAAGAUGUCGAGGGCAAAGAAGAAACGGAUGGAGCAAGGGGCGACAUCGCCGGCGUUAUCUGAAGCCCGCUCAAACUCGCCACAUCCCACGGCCAUGGGGCAAAAAGGGUCGACCAACAACAGCAACAGGCCAAAGCACACUUACUCCUUGAAAUUCAAGGAUUCUCACAGGGCGAAAUCUCCAGCACCCAAACCCAGGGCUCGUCCCGGCGAUGGGGCAGUCGAGGUACCGGUAGAAACGACGUGCGCAGCGCUGCCGGCGCUGGUUAUACCAUCUCCAUGUCGGACUCGAAGUCCUUCUCCGACCCCGAAACGGUAUCAUCAAACGUGCACUCCGAGCCCCCGACCGCACACGCCGCGCACGAAGCACAAGGUCUCGAGAGACUUCGACAGCUACGUGCUGAGGCAGCGAGCGCAGAAGGCCAUCAAGCACAGCAGAAGAUUCGCAGCCGACCGGCGAUCGGACCGCCAACGAGAACGAUGCAGAUAUUACAGUUGCAGUCCUCCUCCGAUGAAAACUCGCCACAAGCACUACUGCGGCCACAAGCCCUACCGAAAGGAUCGGACCGUUCUCCAGAUGGUGGGCAAUGUGCUGGAGAAGGGGUUGAAUGCUUUCAAGAGCUUGAUCGAGGACGGGCCGAUCGGUGACUCGGCUCGCUACUGCAGGCGCAGGAUCAAAAGGCUGCUGAGACCGAUCUGGUGUACGUGUUUGACUCACACGUGUUUGGGACCUCCGGCGGACCCCGUUCAGCGUCAUGUUUACUCGCGAGGGAGGAAAUGUCGCGACCGUGCUCGGAGUACCGAGCUCAUGAGACGCUUCCCCCGACUGCCCACCCCGAUGCCAUCGAGCGGUGAAGGUGAGCCAUCAUCCCCGGAAUCCGUGCCCCGAGCCGCCGCUAGUAGAGAGCCCUCUCCUGCUCCUGAUCCGGUGAAUUCUACUGUAAGCUCAGAGCCGCAACUGCAACAAACAAAAGCCCCUAAAGCAAGUGAAUCACCUCGAGCUCAUGAGCAGCAGCAGCAGCCGCCGCCACAGCCACCCCUGAGCCCUUCGAGUUCACCGAAGAACGCAUCCCACAAAGGAAACAAGAACUUCGUCAGCCUUGCGCAGUUAAAGCGCGCAGAUGCUAAAAAACCAUGAUGCUGUAUUCUAAACUGGAGACUAUGGCGCAUACUGUUGGAAAUCAACUCUUCUGACGACCGUACUUCCACUCCAACUUCGAUUUGAUCGUGGGGACUCCUCGCACGAUCCGAGACUCUAUCCGGCUGUUUUUCCCAUCUCCCAACACUUGCCUCGGGGAGCUGUUGAAGGUUCACGGUCGUUGCAGGAGGUGGCUUAUUCUUUUAUUCCAGCUCAACCUGGUCACGGCUCACCCAGAUCACGAAACGGGAUCGAUGAGGCGGGUGGAUGAGCCGCUUUCGAUAGAUCUGUGUGGGAUAUGACAGGAAUGCUCAG